AUGACAGGCAGCGCGGUCCUGAGCCUCGUGGUAUGGAAAGCGAACUGGGAGCUCUUCAGAAUUCUGUGCGAAGGAGGCUCUGAGCAGGCUGCUGAUCCAGCACCCUUCAAAUACAGGCGCCGUCCCAUAUACUCUCCCAGCGAAUGGCUGUUCGAGGGCAUGAGCUCUUUGCUGGCCAUGGUCAUAGUCAUCACGAUAGCUGUUAUAUUCUGGAUGAUGGAUGGAAAGCCCCUCAAGGAGUGGAGUGGCCCCGUGUCUCUAGCCGCAACUAUCUCAAUUCUAACGACCGCCUAUUCAUCAGCAUUGAUGCAUAGCGUCAGUUCCUUUAUCAGACAGCUGAAGUGGCUUCAUUUCAAGGAUAAGCCACGGAGACUUUCUCACCUCGAGACAUUCGACGAGGCGAGUCGCGGGGUCUGGGGGGCCCUCUUGCUCCUCACGAAUGUCAAAUGGAAUCUAGCCACUCUCGGAGCCAUCAUCACAAUCUUGCGACUGACGUUCUCGGCGUUCUCACAGCAAGCUGUGCAAAUUGCGCAGAGGGCAUCGACGACACCUUCCGAUAUCAAUAGUGUCGCCUUUGGAUACGCGCACAAUUAUUCUCGGGAUUUUAGCAAUUUUAGCACAUAUGGAAACACUGACAAAAGACUUUCGGCUAAGCAACUUACAGAAGCGAUCCCACAGGAUCCCGAUAUGCAAUUCGCUAUAAUCAAAGGUCUUUACGGAAUUGAUACGCCUGCUACAUUCUCCUGCCCAAGCUCAUGCCGCUGGGAUGGCUCAUAUGUCUCACUCGGGUUUAAGAGCGCCUGUAAGAAUGUCAAACAAGAUACACUACGUUCGGCCGCCUGCGAUGGGACAGAGCACAGGAACCGAUGCAACAUGACCACGCCGAACGGCGUGAACAUAAUAACGCAUAGGAUCCACACCGACGCGGCGACAAGCUAUGUCAUGAAUACCACGUCGACACUGGAGCCAUCUGCUGAGGAGAAAUUGCUGGAAAUAGCGCGGUUCGGCAUCUAUCGGUCCUCGCCAGACGGCAAUUUUAGGCAGCAAAAUGUCAGCAUUACACAGUGCUCGUUAUAUCUCACAGCUUACGAAUAUGCAAAUGCGUUUGCCAAAUUGCCAACGGAAGUCUCUUCUAUUUCAUAG